UUCUCCAUACGCUGGAUAGUUUGGUUAUAUGCUAAUGAGAGAGUACGAAAUGGAGUCCUCUUGGUUGUGCCGAGGGAAUUGGACCGGAUCGUACUACAUGCAUAAGUAGAGGAGUAGAGGGAGUUUUAUGCUGACUUUUCUCAUGAUCAGCGUUCUCAUCGAUUCCUGACCGAAAAUAGUCUCGUUCUUAUAAUCAAGAUACGAACGAGACGCAAUCGAGGUUUCCAUCGCGAUUCUUCACUUCUACUUGCCACCGAGAUCAACGGGGCUAAAUAGAUGAGAGCUGUGUGAAAGGAACACCGUAUGAAAGGUUCUGUGGUGUUAAAAACGUAACAGUGUUUAUGAAACCGACCGCUGGGGUCGAUUUUGGGUUGGAAAGAACUUCCAACGUUGCUCCAGGAACUAAGGGAUUGCAAUGAAAUGAGUUCUUGGGCGUUACCCGAUCAUUCGAAUGAUGCUACCAGAGUGGAAAAAAUAGUCCUCGAAUAAAUUUGAGUGUGCGUUAAUGUUUUUCACGGUGGUGACAGUAUUCAGCAGCGUAGUGAAGUGUUUUCAAUUGGUAAGCUGUAAGGCAAUUAAGGAAGCGGCAGUGAAAGGCCGCGUUGAUUAAGGCCGUUGGCCGAGUGGUAGGGAACCGACUCGAUGAUGUUGUCUUGUCAUAAUACGCGAUUGAGCGCUCUCCACAGUUUAUAGACAUCGUACACGAUCGAUAUCAUCGUCCUUUGAGUUCUAUUGACUAUCAAAGACCUUGUGACAUCCUACAGAGUUCUCGCUCUACAGGGUUUAGUAACAAUGGCGACCGCGACUAUGGGCCUGCGGCGUCGAGUGACCGUGAACAAUUCACCGUCUCCAACGAACCAGCAGAGCUCGGCAUCGGCAUCAACCUCUGGCUCGACUAGUGGAACUAAUAAACGCACGAGAACCGAGAACAACAAUAGCUUGUCACACGGCAAUCUAAACUCCUUAAGCACCGGGGCAACGGGCCAUCGGGACGAGCCACCGAAUAAAAAGUCCCGGGCUGGCGGGAUGGGAAAUUCGGUGAAAACUCGUGCCAAUUCACCGGCUGUCACGGAAAGCGCGUUGGAACGUGGCAAUAACGCACAUCACGGGAGCUCGGGCAGGGGUCGAAAUGCCGCUGGAAAAUUAAGUUCAAGAACGAAAAGUCCAUCAAUAUCGACAGCCACGAGCGCCAUAGCCGCCACAUCGUCCACAUCCACGCCAACAUCUUCCAAUCCAACUAUCUCAACUGCCUCGCCAAUUUCCAUACCGGCUAGUAUUUCCGUCGCUCAGCCAGUCCAGCCUGACAUCUCAUCCAGUUUCAACGUUCUAGGCUCUAACGCCUGGCCAACGUCUGCCGGGUUACAAGAAGCUCAGAAUUACACUUCCAUGUCCGGCUUGAACAUGCCCGGACCCGUACCAACUAGCCUGUGCGCUGCUGCAGGCCUUGGACUUCCUACCAGUAUUCCCUACAUGGCAACAUCCAUGGCAACUUUCGUUGGGAAUGCCACGAAUCUUGGGAAAAAUUCGUCGGUGUCUUAUCUUGAUAUUUCCAAUAUGACCGGUGGCUCGAUGAAUACGAAUUCACUGGGCAACAUGAGUGCUAGCUACCCUUGCAAAUCCAACCCAUCUGCUAUUCCUGUGCAGGAGAACAAUAGCGGCAGCGUACCUCUGCCCUUUUCCGGUGUUGUACCAGCGAGUAGUGCUUCUUCCGGUGCUUAUGGAGCUUCGUCCACAGCUCACAUGACGCAACAGCCCUCUAAUGAGAAUUGUUCAGCUUCGGCAAAAACCUUUCAAAACGAUGCCAUGUUCAACGCGUACCAACCGUGGGUCAUCAAGACUUAUGGUGACUUGGCGAAAACGAAAACAAUUACGAUUAAAAAGUACGCGAGAAUAUUGAGGACUCUGAAAGGCGAGGAAGUUAACAGUGCGGAAAACAGUAAAUUUCGCUUCUGGGUCAAGAGCAAAGGUUUUCAUAUUGGACAACCUUCUGGAUAUGACGCCAAACCUGCUGAUAGGAUUGUUGGCCGUCAUGCAGUCACGAGCCCUGGCUUGGAUCCGCCGCUGUACGUGCCAACGCAGUUGCCUCAUAACAAGGCUUUAAACGGUGCGGAAGGAACUGUGCCACCAGGCAGAGUCUAUAAAAAAGUUGCUAUAGUCGAAAAUUUUUUCGACAUCAUCCAUGCGGUCCAUGUUGAUCUGGAGGGCCGACCCGGAAAACAUGCUGGACAGAAACGUACCUAUAGGACGAUCACAGAGACGUACGCUUUUUUACCAAGAGAGGCGGUGACACGUUUUCUUCUUGGUUGUACGGAAUGCCAACGUCGCCCGAGAACGCCGAGUCCGAGUAAUCUCUCGAAUCAAUCGCAAGCUCCGAUCUCAUCAGGGUCCGUGUCAGUGACGUCGACGAUCGGAGUUACGGGUACAACGACGACGGCAACGACGCGAACGAGGACACCAACACCAACGGUUCCAGCUCCGAGUGCAACAACGACGACUCCUUUGAGCCCGACUCCAGCAGCGACAGCACUCUCGGCGUCACAGCCACGGCAAAGCAGUCCAAAGCCACGCGAAGCAAGCCAUCCACCCGAGAGCAAAAGUUUAUUUAGCUACAGACAUCAGAAGCACCAGCAGCGAAAUUGCACCGCGGAAAAGCCGGAGAAGGAUCAAGACGCCGAGAGAACGGAAAAGGACAAAGAGAGAGAAACUAAAUACAAUCCGUUGAGCAUUACGAAUUUACUGAAAAAAGAACCAACGGUAGUGAGCACUAAUCCAUUCACGGUCAACGAGGCCAUCGCCGAAUCACGCAGAACCCCGGAAUCAGAUCGUGCCAGUUCCCGAAGUUCGGCAUCUUCGAAAAGGAAGAGAAUGCUUCCCGAGGGUCGUACGCCAUCGCCACCACCCUCCCUACCAUUACCAACGCCCUGGAGCCCUGGACUCGAUCCGAAGAAUACACCGAUCGAUUAUAGUCUUCCAAUAACUACGGCGUACCUGAAGCAUCAACAAAGAAUAUUAGCCGAAAAGAACAAGGCCAUGGAGGCGGCCUCGUUCGAAGAGGAGCGCGAACGCGAGGCUAGAGAAUCGUCACCCAUUGACGUCGGCUACGAUGGAGAAGAUUACGCGUCGUAUGAGAGAGAUCGUUUUUCACCGGCUGCUGGUCUCAUCGAUACCAACCUCAAUCUACUUGCAACUAUUCAACAUUUACACUGUCAAGUAAUGUUGGCUCUCACUGAAAGGCUCAGACCCUCGGUGAUACCGACGUCGUUGAUGCUACCACCGGCAACCGGAAUUCUCCCCAACAUACUCAUGGGUUCCGAAUUCGCUAUUUCUAGUUCCAUGGCACAGCGAUACUCGUGAGUUUUGAGAGAUAACCGAUCAUCCGGCAGAGUUCAGUUGGAUAGAGUGCAAGAUCAAAAAACUAUCCGUACGGGUACGUCAUUUUCCAAUGUGGAAUAAUAACGGUUAGCUUCAAAGUCAACCUCCGUCAACACGUGCUGCUGCUCUGGACCAUUCCACUGGCAAUUUUGGAAGCUGUGCCGAAAAAUCUUUUCGUCUUAUCACCAUCCUUUGGCAAAGGAAAUGAUGUUUUUCUUUCGAGUAUCCGCUUAAUUUCACACUAAAAUGUUGCUCUGAAGUCAACCCAAUUCAGUUUGCUGGGAUACCCUCUAUUUUUUCCGCAUCGACAUUUAUAUCGACCAGAGCUCGAAGAAGGUUUCAUGAGGCGUAGCAUUCCAGACAGUGCGAACAAGAUUAGACGCAGGAACACACGGAGCUCAAGUAUCAAGCAUUCUGGGUCAGGUAAGCCACUUUUUUGACAGCCAACUCUGAUAUUUUUCGUGGUAACGCGGACAGCAAGCUUGUGUGGCUGAGAGACAAGUACGAUGCAGUUUCAUCCUUCACUGAUCAUUUUUUCUUCCAUGAACAAUCAUUUCAACCUUUUUUCUUUUCACCUCUGUAUAUAAAUUAUUUUUUCUGAUUGAACGAUGAAAGAAGUUUUCAAGCCUAAAGCUAAUUCGGUAUUAUCUUUUGAACGUAUUAUUCUUGUAAGUGAUUUUUGCAACGUUUAUUACGAAUCAUUUCAACUUAAGAAUGUCAUCAUUAUUUCAUGAUAAUUUUUUAGUUAAAACAGAGUAUUAGCUGUUCACAAAUACCAAUUUUUACAUACACACUCAGCUGCAAGGAAAUGCCAUAAUGUGUUUACGAGCAUUUGACAAAAAGACUACGAAAAAUAUGGGAGAUGGUACGUUGAAUGAACAUGGCUUACAGAAACGAGAAUACUUUUUCCAAACGAAAGAACUAGUCGCAAAAAAAAUUUGUAAAAGAUUCAUCAUGUCGUAUAUCCCAUUAUUCCCAAUGUAAUUCGGCCAAUUAUCUACAAAUUUUCGAUUCCCCAGGAAUCGUUAUUCUUUGCAAUCAAUGGAUCUGUGUAAUUUUCGUUGAUUUUUAUUCGUAUGGAAAUUCCGCGAUGGAAGGUCUGAGCUCCUCGCAAUAUUGACCAAAGCUUGACAUAUGCGAGAGGAAAUCUCGAAAUGGACGUGAACCGAACCAUUGAUAAGCUUUCAGCCUGCGUGACAUGUGCGCUAUCUGUGGUACGUUGGUCCACUCGCGAUCUCUCCACUAACUACUAAUUGAACAGUUUCGUUAUCGAAAAUACAGCUAUCUUAGGACGACUGUAAAUACAUUUCAGGUCGUCCAAUUACACUGCUUCUCUAAUUGAUGCAACAUUGAAGCAUCUUGUUGCAGUUUAUUUAACAAUAGACAUUACCAUAGCGAUUUUGUCGUCGUGGGCCCAUGAAAGAUUCGUGCAAAAUCAAGUUGCCUGUUAAAAGACAUUUUUACACGAAACUUAAGAGCAAAUUUUCGUAUUUUCUGAUGAGAUCUCUGAUGUGAGAUGCCACGGUUUUCUAUAUGAAAUAACAUUUGAAGUCACAAUUUCAAACACAAUGGACUCAUAAAAAAGUCAUUCAAAUCCUAUAACAUUCAAGCUUUUCUUAUUUUUUUUUCUUUCAUUAUUGUUAUUGCAGUAACAUUAUUACAAGAGAAAGUGAGUGCAUUUCUAUCCCAUUCAAUUUCGUUGAAUGAAAUGGAUUUAUACUCUUCUUCUUUUUUGAUCUAUAGUUGGGUUCAAAUCUCGCCUCAGUCUUCUCAACAUAUUUUUUCCGAUAGAAUUGUUCGAAUGGGUUUUGAAAAUUUGUCGGUAUUCCUCAUAAGCGGUAUACGAAUUUUCUCGUACAACAAAGCACUUUUCACAAACCUUCAAAUACAAAAUUGAGAUUUUGUAAACAAUAUUAUCGAACGUAUAAACGAAAAAACGCGUAACAGCGAACCUUAGACACGCGAAAAAAAGCUUUGUGAAGUAAAAGCACGGCUUUAAAUUUCUGGAUCAAGCUUGCGACAAUAAUUAAUGCCAACAAAAAUGCUGGUAACGGAUGUUUGAAGACAUUGCCACUGACGACGACGUGACAUUAUCACCUCUUAACUGCCAACUUGAUUCUGACGUAGAAUACACAACAAAAUUGUAUUGCGUCACAGUUUUACCGCAUCGUGUAACGAUGUGUCGUAAACGUAUCCAAAAAGCUUCCAUCGUCAGAGACAAAAAUAACAAAUGUAUUAAGAUAAUAAAAUAAACGGACAAAUAUUCGCUUCUAGUGAAUGUGGUAAACGAAGGGUGAGGUUGGCCGGUGAAUAAACCGACAAAUUCGAUGCUUUCCAUAACCGUGUUCCACACUGAUUAUGUGGUGAUCGUACGUUAGUUAAUUGACACAAAAGAGAAAAGGGGUUUAGAGAUUAAACCGUGAAUUCCAUUAUUUUUGUACAGAGAAUUUCACCUAAUGGGAACUAAUAAUAUUUACCAACAACAAAAUAGUCUUUGUUUCGAAGGUCUCGAUCCUUCAGUUUAGUACGUCACGCUGAUGUCUCAAGUAUUUGCCACAAGCACAAUGUGUUGAAACGCAUACAGAAGAGAAAAUAAUUACGGGUAUAAAUUUGAUAGCUUAGCAGCAUAAACUUUGGAGUUACAAUUAUUUCGGCUUUCUCGCCUUUCAUCACGUAGUCACCUGCUCCAAAGACAACUCCUCUAGGAAUCUCCGUACAUGAUCUAAAUCUAAUGCUGUCGUCGAUGGCAGUGCUUGCCCUGGUGAAGUAGUGCAAACGUUUGUCGCUGGUUUUUUUUUUUUCCUUUUUGAGGCGAUACACGCAGCUCUGGUUCGUCGAAUAAUAAAUUUUCAUCACUCAAUAAGUGCUGAUAACUCGGCACACACUCGGAGAGCAAUUAUGAGAGUGAGACAAUGGCACGUGCCAACCGAGUACGAUGAUACGAGGAGGGAAAAUAAACGGUUGAUUGUGUAAAUGCGCGGGACUUGCUUGCUGGAAAGGCCAACUUCACUUAGAGUCUAAAUUCAUUUCCUUCUCUCGAAGAGUCUGACCAUUGUAUUAGGCUUCGUGUGUAUAAUUACCAUUUACCAACUUAGCAUAUAGUAGGCAGUAUUCGGUAAAUGUACAUUAUUCGGUAGAUGUGGGUAGUGAUUGAAAUAAGUAUAAAAAUUAUAACAAGUUUCGUGGUCACACGAGCACUGCGAUAUCUUGUACAGCCCAAAUAAUUUCAGCGAUUCGAAGAUAAAACGAAGCAUAAAUCAAUUUUCGAUUGAAUAAACAGGUUCGAUAAUUGUCGUGAAAGUAGUAGACUCUUCUCUAUACAAAUGAAUUCUAUAUAAUUUUGUACAUAACAGUAGUCGAGUAGAAUAAUGUGGGAGUAUAAGAAGCGUAACAACUAUUUUCAAUAGUAAAUGCGAGGAUGUUGAACCGUUGAAUUAAAUUAGUCUACGGAUAAUCGUGUCAUUUGUUCUACGAAAUAUGUACAUCCAAAAACUUUUCAAUUAUCAAUAUUAAACAUAUAUAUCAUCA